AUGGGAAUUCAAUGUUCGCGCAAGGUCUCGUUCGACGUAAACGCCUAUGUGGACACUGCCCAAAACACCGCUCUGAUCAAAGCAGUUAAUAAAGGCGAUAAAGAAGAAGUGCUGUAUCUACUGAAAAGAUGGGCCGACGUCAAUAAACCCAACGGGGUUCAUCUUGCGCCUCUCCACGUCGCCAUCCAGAACGGGCACUAUCAUCUGAUCGACUACCUGAUCCACCACGGGGCAAACAUCGAGCAAAUCGCUAAUGGCGGAUACAGACCAGUCCACAUGAUAUCCCUUUCGCCGAGAAGAACGGAGUGCUUAAUGCGUCUGGUGGUAUACAACGCCGAUCUCAACGCCAUGGACGACUACGGCAACACCCUAUUGCAGAUAAUGUUGAAAUGGGCGCACAAAGACAUGGGGCUGAUAUCGAGCCUCAUUUAUUACGGAGCUGAUCCCAACCUCACCGACACGGAAGGCAAUAACUGUCUUCACGUCCUCACUUCGAAGAAUUUGGAUAUGGACGAAUUGGAUGUUCGAAAAGCAACAUCGGAAGUAUUGCCGAAGAUCAUCGAUGUGGAUGUUAAAAAUAACCUCGGGGAAACGCCACUGUUUCUAGCCUGCGAAGGCAACAAUGAGUAUUUGGUACGAAUGCUACUCGACAGAGACGCCAAUAUACUUGCUGAAUGCAGGGAUAAUUUGACGCCGUUAGAUAUCGCCGUCAGGGAAAAGAGCCAGGGUGCCCUGCAAGAGAUGCUGUGGCACAUAAUUGACAAAGAGAAAAGCGGUGAACCAGUUGAGGCUAUUUUGUUGGAAAAAAUUGAAUCGAAUGAGGAACUGAGAACGUUGUACGAAUCUAUUAAAAAUGGGGAGAUAGUUUUGUAUGAGUAA